GCGGCGAAUAGGAUUUUCCUUCCGUGCUACGGAGUACUAUUAUUUAUACCUUUUUUGCGGGGUAGAGUAAUAUUUAUACUAGCCCGAACCCCGACCAAACACAUCGAUCUAGGGUUUCCUUCGCUAAAAAAAAAUCAGAGCGGGCGGGUGCGGAGGAGAGACCUGACACCUGAGGCGGCCGUUCGGCGGUGGCAGAAAAGAGAAGGAGAAGAGAGAGGCAGCACCAACGAAACAGGUUCUCAGAGAGAAAGAGGCUGUCAGAAUAGUUGGAAAGUCCAGAGGUAGGCCAAUGGAGCAAGCCAAGGAGACAGAGGCUAUUGUGGAAACGGCAGAGCACGAGGAACAUGCUCCGGAGGAGAUUCAGGCUACUACAGUAGAGGACAAGUUGAAGAAGCUUAAUCUGAAGAAAAAGCCGAGGAGGCGCAAGGGUAAGAACAAGGCUGUGGACGAAUCCCUCUCUGACCCAAAUGCCUACGAAGCUCGUCUUCAUCGAAAAUUCUGGGAUUCAACAUUUGCUGGCCCACGAUAUGGUUGCUACGAGACCACAACUUCUAUGCCUCCCAUGCGAUUCACUGAUGAUGAGUGUGACCUCGCUGCCCCACUUCAGACUCUUCAGGUUUUUUCAGUCAAAGUCGCUGGAGUAAAGAAGGGGGUAUCUUGGCCACUUAGUCUCUAUGGCAAGAUUGCGGCACGCGACACAGUUGAUCGCAAUCGCAAUAUCAUCUUUGAUUGUGAGAGGGAUAACUGCGAAAUCCUCUACGAGGAUGCUCCAUAUUUACCUCUCACCGGUCCUUCCCGUGCUAUUGUGUUGUCAGUGCAUCAUUCAUAUAUUGAGGUUGAGUUGAAAACUAAACGAGAUUCCGGAGAUGAAGAAUUCAGCUACUUAUCUGAUGCCUACAUCGAGAUUGUCCCUUUUAACUCCUUCGUCAUGCAGCGAGAUUUUACUAGCAGGCUUAGCACGUUGCAGCUAACCGUUGCCCACAUUAUUCAUUCCGUGGAGGCUACAAUUAGUGUCAAAGUCAAUCAUGGGGAAUGGCCAUAUGGACAUGGAGGCCUGUUUACUGCAUCUACUGCUAGCAUCGACGACAUGGAAGUCGUGCUUCUCGGAUUUGAGGUUGAUGAGGUCCUACCUGUUAAGGAUGAUGGGCAUGUCGAGCUUUCUCGUUGUGUCGUUAGCGUUGAAAGUAAAGGAAAGCUGGAAGUCUCGGUGGAAGCGAACCCUGCCAGCGAUGAAGAGGAUGUAGUUAGAGACGACAUCUAUUUCACACCCAAGAGAUCUGGUAGGAGCCACCAAGUGUUCAAGGUUGGCUCUUGUGAGAUGGAGGUAACGGUGGCGUGGUCUCUCCUUUUGUCUUAUGGAUGAAGGGGCCAUAUGAGGUUUUGUGCUUUGCUUUGCUGGAAGUAGUCACAGCUGUGUGUCGUGUGUCUGUUUGCUACUUGGGCUGGUACUGCUUGUGAAGUAGAGGCCAUGAUGUUUGUGCUUGCUUUGCUGGUAUU